AUGGUGCUGCGGGGCGGCGGCGGCGGAGGUGCCCGGCGCCUUCUGCUGCUGGCGCUGUGGCCGCCGCCGACGUCGCCCAGCGUGCUGCGCCUCUGGCUGCUGCUGCUGGGGCUGCUGCUGCUGGCGGCGCUCGGGCAUGCGUGGACCUACCGCGAGGAGCCCGAGGAGAGCGACAGGUGGGUGGGACGGCGGCUUGGAGGGCCAGGGCGGCGGCGGCGGCGGCGGUGCGGGGUGUGAGGGAAGGGCCAGUCUCCUCAGCUUGCCUUUUUUCCCGCGCCGCGGCUCCGGGGCUCGUGCGCCUCCGCGACGGCCAAGCAAGCCGGAGCUGCCCCCGGAGGAGACGUGAAGGGAAUUGGACUUUGGACGUCUCUCAGGCGACGGUUUAAGCACGGUCUCUCUCUUUCUCCCCCUCGCAGGGAGGUCUGCUCCAAGAGCAAAGUGGCCACCACCAAGUACCCGUGCCUGAAGCCCAGCGGGGAGCUCGCCACCUGCUUCAGGUCAGUCCGCGCCGCCGGUCGCCCGCUCGCCCGCCUGCCUCUUGCCGCCGCCGCCGCCGCAACGCCGCGAGGGCGGAGCGAGGGGGCUGCGCGCGCGUUUGCGCGGGGGUACCUGAGGCGCUGA